CGUUGACAUCGGUCUCCUCAGACUGAAGAUGCCCUUACUAGUAUUUAUCGCUGUACGGGCUGCACGCGUCUCAGAACGAUGCAGAAGGGUCGACUACUAUGCCGCAUAUGCGCAUGGCCUCGAGCUCGAGCAGGCCAAAAGUGCAAUCUCAUUGCAGAAAUUGGCAUGUCAUCCCCGACAUGAGGCUGCAUCAGGCCAUGAGGCGGGGACCUGGGCCGGCAUCUCUUGAGCACCAUUGUGAUAGCCGCCUUGAGCUUCAAUAAUGCCUUCCGGAAGACAGUCAGCUUGAUAUCCAGUUGAUACCCGUCUCAUAUACCUUCGCCCAAGCUUCACAGCUCAGCGUGCAUUUCCCCCCGGACGACAUCUAGACGACUUACGACGACAUUCUCUUCAAUCUCCGUUCCAUAAACCGCAGCUUGCAAGUCUUUCCGAGAGUAGGAUGAAGCAUGGGACGAGGCAUUUCGCCCGCUGUCGAAGCCACUGCUGUUCCGAAUACAGACCCACUUGCCGAUGCAGGUCAUUCCAAGCGGAAGCAGACUCUGCUCAGCUUGUUGGAUGCAUUGCAUGAGUUGACGAAGGAUGAUGAUUUCGCGUCGCCUGUUUCAAACAAUGACCGACCUAGCUUCGAGGACGACCGAGAUGUUCCCACUGUGGACGAACAUCUGCAGAAAGUCGGGGCGGAUGUGUUCAAGAAGUUCGAGAGGCGUAUGACCAACCUAGACCGGGAGCUGCGCAACUUCGCGAACGCAGCCCGCCAGCUAGGAAGCUCGGUCGGUAUCCUGUCGUCGUCCGUGCACCUGCGAGAGCGGUUGGCUCAGCUUCUCUGGCUGUUCCGCGAGAAUGCUGCCGACCUCUUCCCACGAAAAGUGAAACGACAACCUCGCGAGUCCCUCGUCGAUACCGCGCUACAGGCUGCACUGAGGCGCAAGCGCCACAAAGGGCCGUCGCAUGUUGUAAAUCCGACUGUGGAUGACCUCGACCCGGAGGACUUCCCGGAUCAGAUGCGAAGUCUGGCACACGAUGUGAUGACGUUUCUGGACUGUCUUAACGAGUUCCCGGAGUUCAGCGACGAGGCCGUCAAUGCAUCAAUCCAGUCCCUCGAGUGUGACUUGAAGUACUGGGCAUCAUGCUUGAAGGCAUAUGAAGGCCAAUUCAGAUAUCCGGCAGUUCAGAGGUAUCUGCAUGAUCUCACUUCGGAGAUGGGCGAACACUUGGACAUCAUCACUGGCUCCCUGUCCGUCUUCAUUGAAAUUGGCGUGCCGACGAUCCGGUUUGCGCAGGAACAUGCCAGUCAAAAUUUACUCAACCUCAGUACUGUCGCCACCUUCUUCAGCGCCGUCACUGCAACAACCAUGCAGUUCUCGUACAACAUGACUGAGGGCACGCUUGCCAAAGCAGUAAACUGUUUCUGGUUCAUCUCGCUUGUGUUCAGCAUCCAAGCCGCCGUCAACAGUCUUCUAGGGCUGACUUGGAAGCAAGCGAUGUACCGCUCCCCUGGCCACCGUGUGCCGUGGUGGGUCCACAUCUGGAUCAAACGGUCACCGUUGGUCUUCCUGGUUGCAUCUGUUGCAUGUUUCUCUAUGGGUCUCGUGCUCUUCGGAUACUCCUCUGGGCAGGAUCGCGUCACAACAACUCUGACAUCUGUCUUCUCUGCGUUCAGCUGCAUCGGGCUCGCAGCUGUCUCGACCUGGUUCAUCUCCGAGCGCAUGAUCUUCACCAAGCACCAGGGCCAGAAGUGGCUCGCAGAUGUACUCUCCGAGGCAAAGGUGGAGCUCUGCUCCGUCCCGGGGAUCAAGUGGAUCAUCUACGAGCCCCGCGCACUUGCGUGGCGGACUGGGAGGCACGUUAGGGAAGCCGGACAGUGGAUGGUGCGGCAAUUCCGCAUCGCGAGCGACAGCGUCUCACGCAUGAGCACGCGGACGCUGCGCCGUGUGAGCACCAUGUCGACCGCCAUAGAGAAAGACCAAGAAGACGGCACCACAGAGACGCUGGCGUCCCCGCAAAGCCCGGAGCCGAUCUCGCCACUACGCAUGCGCCAGUCGAACUCGACUGGCCCGCUGCUCCCCAUCGCGGAAGUGCGGUCGUCGAACUUCGGGUCCUCGGAUAACCUGGAGAUGGCGACAACGAUGAGCGACGCGAGCACGGCGGCGCAGAACGCCCCGCCUCCCUCCGGCAAGGCGCGCUUCGUGCACGCAGUGCACUCGGUCAUGAUGAUGCGCCAGGCGGCCUCGCCGAUGCCCUUCGGGCUGAGCCUCCCGCCGCACACUCCGACGCGCCGUAGGACGACCUCGAUCGACGGCCCAAGAGGGCGGAGCAUGUCUGCGGAGCCGAUUGGCAUGAUGCGAGCGUCGAGGGUCGCGGCGCUGGUGCCGAAGCUGAAGGCGCUGGAGACAACGCAGGACCUUGCUGCUCAUCAGGCCCUCGUGCGCCAUCUGCAGUUCUCGCCGAAUGGCAAGUUCUUGGCGACUUCAAGUUGGGACAGGACUUCGGUUAUCUUCAGAGUUGGCGAACCGUUCACUGCACAUCGUAUUCUUGCUCAGCCGCAAGGGUUCGUUGGACAAGUGGCUUGGUCACCCAAUGGCACCAUACUUCUCACGAAGCUGAACCGCGGUGUGAAGGUGUGGAAUGAGGACGGCGUGUGCAAGAAGACCAUCGAUCGUCGGAAGAAUGUCCAGUCGAUAGCUUGGCUUCCUGGUGGCGAAGGUUUCCUAUCGGUUGAAGGCAGCGACGUCGUCAAAUUGGAUCUAAACGGUCAAGUCUUGGACACGUAUCACUUCGACCGUAUGGUGCUGCACGACGUGGCAGUCACUCAAGACUGUCAGCGUAUGUUAUGCGUCGGAACGCUCAUGGCGUCACGCGAUGGCUUGCAUCCCAGUAAGUCUCGGGCGGAGAAGCAGAUCAUCGCGUUCAAUAUGGAGAAGAAGGAGAUCGAGAACCGUGUGCCUGUCUUGCAUGACGUACGUGAUAUCACUCUAGCUCACGAUGACCAAGUCGCUCUGGUUAGCUACGAGAACAAGGCACCUCCGCAACUCUGGAAGCUGGACUUGUUCAAGGACACUGCUCGAUUAUCACUCCGACAUACGUACAUGCCGAAAGUCACUGUUGACUUCGCCGGACCUAGUUACUUUGGUGGCAAGAACGACCAGCUGGUGCUCUGUGCAGGAAAAGCGGGCGACAUACACAUCUGGGAUCGGGAGUCGGCGGCUCUAUUGCAUCACGUCCGUGCACAGGCCCUAGGAGGAGAUCUGACCUGCAUUGCCUGGAACGCCGCUGUAGAACCCUUCGUGUUCGCUACUGGAAGUCAUGACGGCGGCGUGCGCAUCUGGACCACUCCGCCGAACUAUCCUACCAUCAACGUCACGGAGAGCACUCCCGGUAGCUAUGCAAACUCUACGAACGGCAACACCCCUCGGACUGGUACGCCCUCGCUAUUUGACACCGAGCAGCAGACAAGCAGCCCUGAGCAACAAGACUUCACAUCGGAGCAAUUCUUGCAAGCCGCCGCACAAAAUGUAGGCGCGAGCACACGAUUAGGAGAACGAAAAGCAGUGACGUUUGAAUGACCAUGACGAACCCACGCUGCAUCCACACGAUAGAGCAUCAAUGCGCCUUGUACUUAUACUAUGUAUACUAUCACGCACUUCACGCACUUGACACUUCGCGCAUUUGACUUACGAUUCAUAUAGGGAUGGACUUGUUGUGCUACUGCUGUCAUGUCAUAUAUUAUGCUGUUCCCGCUUGGCUGAGUAUGACUUCGACGCGGACUCCAUUCCUGGUUCUGAGCG